AUGGUAGGAAAACGCGCUCCCAAAGGAAGUGAAGUUGCUGGUAGCAAGAAACAAAAGACAGAAAAUAGUAAAGAAGCUCAUUGGAAAUUGAAUGAUUCUGGUAAAAAAAGAGUGACUCUGUCGGAAUUUCGUGGAACUACUUAUGUGCACAUUCGUGAAUAUUAUGAAAAGGAUGGAGAAAUGCUCCCUGGAAAGAAGGGAAUUGCAUUGAAUCCGAAUGAAUGGAUGCAAUUCAAACGUAUGGUUGGAGAGGUCACCAAUGCUCUCGGGCUAGUAGAUGAGGACGAAGAUGAGGAAGAGAAGAAAGAAAACGGGGAUUCUGGAACGAAGAAAAAUGAAGAACAAGAAUCAACCGAUGCCAAGGAUGAACCUAAGCAAGAAGAAGAAUCCAAAGAGGAGAAUCAAUCAGGCAGUGAAGACGAAGAAUAG